UUGCAGAGAAUGAGAGCCCCACCUCUACUCUGGGAGAUGAGCUUUUGAAUUUAACUGGUCAGGCCGCAACCCACAUUGGCGGUUCAUGACCAUUGUACAGACAGCCACAGCCAGCUGUUCAUAGCCCAGACAGACUUGCCUUAUCUAGAAAGCCCCCUCCUCCCAGCUAAGGGACCUGUCUGGCUGUGAGCUCCCAGGAGGUCCCAGGGGUGUGAACUCCCUCCCUUUUUCCGGCCCCUCUCCCUCCCCUGUCCCUCCUCCCUCCACCCCAGGCUAUAAAGCUAGCUGCCCAGGCCUGGCUCUCAGCACACCUGGCUACCUGAGACCCGCCUGCAGCCUCCUUAGGUCACAGUCCCACUCUGCCCAUCACUCCUUCCAGGCAGUGCCAUGCGUCCCCUGUGGCUCUGUUGGGUGCUCUGGGUGCUGCCCCUGGCCGGCCCCGGGGCGGCCCUGACUGGGGAGCAGCUCCUGGGCAGCCUGCUGAGGCAGCUGCAGCUCAGCGAGGUGCCCGUCCUGGACAGGGCUGACGUGGAGGAGCUGGCCAUCCCUGCCCAUGUGAGGGCCCAGUAUGUGGCCCUGCUGCAGCGCAGCCACAGGGACCGCUCCCGAGGGAAGAGGUUCAGCCAGCAUUUCCAAGAGGUGGCCGGCAGGUUCCUGGCGUCCGAGGCCAGCACGCACCUGCUGGUGUUCAGCAUGGAGCAGCGGCUGCCGCCCAACCGCGAGCUGGUGCAGGCCGUGCUGCGGCUCUUCCAGGAGCCGGUCCCGAGGGCCGCGCUGCACAGGCACUGGCGGCUGUCCCCGCGCAGCGACCGGGCCCGGGUCACCGUCGAGUGGCUGAGCGUCCGCGACGACGGCUCCAACCGCACCUCCCUCAUCGACUCCAGGCUGGUGUCCGUCCACGAGAGCGGCUGGAAGGCCUUCGACGUGACCGAGGCCGUGAACUUCUGGCAGCAGCUGAGCCGGCCCCGGCAGCCGCUGCUGCUGCAGGUGUCGGUGCAGAGGGAGCACCUGGGCCCGGGGGCGUCCGAAGCCCACAGGCUGGUCCGCUUCGCCUCUCAGGGGACGCCGGAGGGGCGUGGGGAGCCCCAGCUGGAGCUGCACACCCUGGACCUCAGGGACUACGGAGCUCAGGGUGACUGUGACCCUGAAGCACCAGUGACCGAGGGCACCCGAUGCUGCCGCCAGGAGAUGUACAUUGACCUGCAGGGGAUGAAGUGGGCAGAGAACUGGGUGCUGGAGCCCCCGGGCUUCCUGGCUUAUGAGUGUGUGGGCACGUGCCAGCAGCCCCCGGAGGCCCUGGCCUUCAAGUGGCCGGUUCUGGGGCCACGACAGUGCAUCGCCUCAGAGACCGCCUCACUGCCCAUGAUUGUCAGCAUCAAGGAGGGAGGCAGGACCAGGCCCCAGGUGGUCAGCCUGCCCAACAUGAGGGUGCAGAAGUGCAGCUGUGCCUCGGAUGGGGCGCUCGUGCCAAGGAGGCUCCAGCCAUAGGCGCCUGGAGGAACUUGACCUGUGUGUGUUUCUGAAGUGUUCUAGGGCACCAGGAGAGCUGGUGAUGACUGAACAGCUGAUGGACGAAUCUAUGUGAUCUCUAGUGAGCCCUGAAUUUUCUUCCUCUGACAAGUUACCUCACACCUAGUUUUUGCUUCACAGGAAUGAGAAUCUUUGGCCACUGGGGAGCCCUUGCUCAGUUUUCUCUGUUCAUAUUAUUCACUGCACUAUAUUCUAAGCACUUACAUGUGUGAAGAUACUGUAACCUAAUGGCAGAAACCCUAAUGUGUCAUUGUUUUCUUGUCCUGUCACUGGAUCAUGACUAAACUCCUUCACCACCACUCCGGGUCUAAGACCUGGGGUUAAGAGUUGUGCACUCCCAAUCCAGAUAAUAAAGACUUUGCAAAACAUAAAUAAAACACAUUUUAUUCU